UGAGAUUCAUCAUUUUUAUAUUCAGGAAAAAAAUAAUUUCGUUUCCUUUAACAUUAACAUGUACUGUAACUCAAUUAAGUUAUCUCCGUUUAGAAAAAGAUCCCAGCCCUACAGCUAGGGGGCGCAAAUCUCCCUCUUACGUGUUCGCCGCCAUGACAUUGAAGUGACUAGUAGCACAGCGCGGACAGCGGCAGGCUAAUCUGCAAAAACUAAAUAACGAGCUGAAGACUAUUUAAAACACAGUAUCGAUACUGUAGACUCCAUCUCGAAUUAAAAAACAACAGCAAAGUCCCUCAGAUUCUGUUCCUGGACUCUGAAGUCUGCAUUUCGCUUUUUUCUGUCCUGCUACCCAGAACCGAUCGAGUAAGAUAUCCAUCCAUCAUGAAGCUGGUUCCAGCGAAGGAUUUUUUGCCUUCCAUUUCUUCUGUGAGCCCACAGGAAGACCCACAUACCAGAGAGCUGUUGAUGUUUGUUUACAAUCAAUGCAGGCGACUGUGUGACCAAUUUGAAGCCCAGCCUCUGCAAAUGGAUCUGGAGUUCCUUAAUUUUCAUUAUGAGGAACUGUACAGACUUCUUCUGAGAUGUGUCCACCAUCAAAUAUUUUCAGACCUGGAAGAUGUACUGCAGAGCAUGCAAACAGUGUUGGUUUUACUAGAGGGAAAGCAUCAGCCGCUACAUGGAUUUAAGCCAGCUGUGCUCAGAACUGGAGGGAGGGGACGCCUUUCCUGGGACAUUUCUGCUGAGCAACUUCAGUUUUUUCUUGAAUUUGACUUUACUGUUAGGGAAAUUGCACAUUUGUUUGGAGUCAGUUUCAGAACUAUAAGAAGGAGAAUGACAGAAAAUGGUCUGUCAGUGAGAAUGUACUACAGCAACAUUUCCACUGAAGAUCUUAGAGACGUAGUGUCUAGUUUCAUUCAGCAGUUCCCUGAUUCAGGAAUCAAAACGAUCAGUGGAUAUCUCAACAGUGUUGGACUAAGGGUUCAAAGGUCUCGUGUUAUUGAAACCCUGAGAGUAUUGGAUCCUGCUGGCAUGCUGUGUCGAGGGCUUGGAAUAAACGUUAUUCCAAGAAGAGUGUACUCUGUACCAGCACCAAAUUCUUUAUGGCACAUUGAUGGAAAUCAUAAGUUGAUUCGUUGGAGAAUUGUGAUCCAUGGAGGAAUUGAUGGGUACAGCAGAAAGAUCAUGUACCUCUGUGCCAAUAAUAAUAAUAGAGCCUCCACUGUAUUGAGCGCCUUUCUUGCCGCAGUCCAGCAAUUUGGGAUUCCAACAAGGGUUCGCAGUGACAAAGGAGGGGAGAAUGUUGACGUCGCUCGUUUCAUGCUUGAACAUCCACAGCGAGGACCAGAUAGAACAAGUUUCAUAACCGGACGGAGUGUUCACAAUCAGAGAAUCGAACGACUGUGGAGAGAUGUCUGGUGCUCAGUGACUGUAAACUAUUAUACAGCCUUUCAACAUCUUUACAACUCUGGUGUGUUAAAUGUAGACGACGAGCUAGACCUCAUUUGUCUACAUUAUGUGAUGCUUCCCAAAAUUAACGAACAUUUACAGCUGUUUAAGAAAGCUUGGGAUCGUCAUCGCCUUUCUACAGAGCACGGAAAGUCCCCCCAGCAGUUGUAGAUUGAAGGACAGAUUAUGGGGGCUCAUCCUAUCACUGAACCUGUUUGUGAACAAGGAACUCUGGAGGAUUAUGGCAUUGACUGGGAAGGACCAACACCUGUUGAUCAUGAAGCUGCAGUUGAUGUUCCAGAAAAUCCCAUGCCUCUACAAAACCGAGUAUUUGAACAUCUCCGUGAGAGAAUAGAUCCUCUUCACCCUAGUACAUGCUUUGGGAUGGAUAUACUAGUGGAAGCCUUGGAAAGUGCUCGACGAAUAUUCCAUGAUGUGAGGGACCGGGUCGGUCAAGCAUGAGGACACAGAAAGAAUUUUCAAGGAAAAUGGGUUUUAUUUUCCCAAAAUAACAAAAUUCAAACAAUGAUUACAGGGUCCUUAAAAGAGGUCCA